AUGGCAAGCCAGUGUUUUUGGUUCAAGAUCGUCGUCGGCGGUUCCCACGAGGCUGACUUCGUUCACUACGCCGAAGACGAUAUCGUGGCGAGCAUCAAGCAUAAAAUCAUCAGACAGAACCCGCGCCUGAGCCAAGUCAACCCUGGCGAACUCACUCUCAAAGCAGCAUCUGGAGAGGCUGCAGCUCAGCUGUUGGCACUUGCCGUGGACUCGAAGAUAUCCCUACUCGUUGCCCAGGGCUAUGGCGCACAUGCCGACACCGCAGUCUUGGUUGAUCAUUUGCCCGAUUUUGCAGGCGCCAUGGCUGCAUUGGUUCUUCCUUUUGCUCUUUCCCGCCAUCAUCCAACUUCCAGCCUGGUUAGUCAGCCUAAUUCGUCAGUUUGUUUGGAUACCUUAAUGCGACUUGGUGCGACUGUGUUGCUUGUGACAGGUGCGGCCAUUCAUCCAAGAGCUGCGCCAACUGCAGCAGUGCAGUUGAACCAGUUGUCCCUUUGCGAGGAAGUCUUGGGAGCUGUCCAACAAGAGCAGUGGAUCCGGUGCCGAAUCUCCUACAGGUCAACUGAUUAUGGCAUCAAGGCUCGCUUGUCUGACCACGUGGAAAAGUAUUUUCCUGGCGCUUUGGGUGGAACAGUGCAGCGAAGAGAGAAUGUGACCGUGGUGACCAUUGAAGGCACCUACCACAGCGUGCGCUCUCUUUUGGAGUGGAUGCAGACGCACAUGCCCUACCCAAGAGAUGCAACCUCGAAGACGCUUAUCAUCCAGGCCAAAUAUAAACAGUUCAAGGUGUUGAAAAGCCACCCGGAGCCACGGUCAGAGCAUUCUUCUGGCAAUGUUGCCGAUGAAG